AUGCCCAAACACAUCCCAAGCGAGCAUUAUACUUCCAACCCGUACGAAAUCGUCCCAAACGCGCAUGUUCACCCAGAUGUCGAACAUCACGACCACCCAGAGGAUACCGAACGAUACCUUCUUCCAGCCGUCUUCUCCAGCGAAAAAGGGUUUACCAUCCUGGGCAAGUAUCCUGGCCCUGGGGUCUACUACAUUGUCGAAGGUGAAGGACAAUAUGAAGAUACUAUGAAAUCCGGAAGCUCUACGAUUGUUAAGGCAGGCUCAGUCAUCCAUGUUGAAGAAGGAUCGAUUCUUCGUUGGCACGGCAAGCCCGGAGUAAAAGGUUUUGCUGUAUUCCAUGUUCCUGUAGCCGUGAAGAGCUUGGACGAAUUUGUGGUUCCCGAAUAA